AGCAGCAGAAAUGGGGCGCGUCGAAGCAGGUUACGGAUGUGGAGAAGCUUACCAAGCGAAUAGAGUUUCGCAUACCGCAGAUGCAGGCUGCAUCCGACAAGGAACGAGAAGCUUGGGAGCGCAGCUCAGCCCAGGCCAAGGCAACGGAGGCUGUUGAUGAAGGCUGCUCCCAAGCGGGGGCGAAGAAACAGAGGCUUGCCGAGAUCGACGGCAGUCUCGAGUGCACCAAGGACGAUGCUUCGGAGGGUGCUUUGGCCUACCGGGCGGAGCUACAGAAGGAGCACGCUGGCACUCUUGCGGAGUUGGGCGGCGCGCAGCCCGCCUCAGCGCAGCUCAAUGGCAUCAGCGAGAAGCUGGGGCGGAUUACGGCGCGCACCGAGAAGGCCGAGGCCGCUGUCGCGGCCAAUACGAAGCAGAUCGAUGCGCUUCAGGCUGAGAUCGAGAAGGGAGAUGCGCAGCUCGGCCAGCAUCGCAAGGACGUGCUUGAGGUGGAGCAGACCAUGCGUGAGGUGGGGUCUACUGGUGCCAAGCCGCCUGCAAGAAAAAGGGAACAGCGCGCAAUUGUGCGAUGUGGAGGUCGCCCUCGCGGACCUGGGGGGGAUCGUACGAGCUGCUGGUGGCGGCGAGCGGGUCGAAUCCUUGCCAAGGGUGCUCCACGGCAGGCUCAACGAGAUGGUGGCGAAGAAGGCCCGCAUCGCAGAGCCUGAAGGGUUCCUGCCCAGCACGAUUGGGCAGAGUCGCAUGCCGACUCGGGCGAAGGCGCGUGACG